AUGGCAACAACAAUGUUAACAUCAACUCCUACUAAAGAAAAGAAAAAGCAUUCGUCGCCAAACAAACAAAAUCGAUCAAAUAUUGCUGGUACACUUAAACGCAAUCCAAAAUAUGAAUUAAAAAAGGAUGAACUUAUACAGCUAUUAGGACGUUUUGAAGCUGAACUUCAAGCUAAAGAUAUUGCCUUAGCAGCACUGAAGUCAGAAAAAGUGAAAACACUUUUAUCCAAUGCACGAUUUGGUCGUCUUAGUUGUCAAACUGAUCCUUAUGCUGCGUUACUUCGUGAUAGCGAACAUGUUAAAGAAGAUGUACUCAAUGAACAAGUACCAAUGAAAAAUGCAUACGAAACACAGCUCGUACAACUUGAAGAACUUAUUGUUCAACAAAGAAAACAAGUGCACACAUUAAAAUUUGCACUUGAUGAUGCACAUCAUAGAUUUGCAUUGUUGGCUCAAGAACUUGAAAAUGAAAAAAAAGAAAAAGCCCGAUUAAAAGCAUUUCAAAAUCAGUUACUAACCAACGAAGAAGAAAAAAUUCAAUUACACAACGAACUCGAAAAUGUUAAGCUACAUAGUCAGGAAUUAGAACAGCAAUUAACUCAAGUAAUAAAGCUACUGGAAAAUGAACAUGAACGACAUAAAAAAUUUGUUAUACUUCUCUUGAAUGAGCGUAAAGUUGAAAACGAACAUCAUCAAGAACAAUUAAAACAAUUAUCAAAUAAUCACACCAAUGAUGAUACAAAACGUGAAGCAAGAUUUAAAGAAUUAGAAUUAGAAAAUGAACGUACUAAACAACUUUUCACAGCACGUAUUCAACAGUUACAAAGUGAAAUUGAUUUAUUAGUAAAAGAAAAAAAGCAACAAACAAUAACAAAUAAUGGAGAAUUGGCUGAAACAUUCGCUCAGCCUCAAUCUAAAUCACGUCAAUUACCACCAACAGUUACUCAAACAACUCUUCCAACGAAUGAUCCACCAUCUUUGCCGUUCAAUGCCGAAAAACCAUUCGUGUCAACAACUGGUGGUAUUCGUCGUCCAACUAUUAUUCCAGCUCCAUCAACAUCGAAAAAUUCUACUAAUCUGAUAAAAAAAUCCGGGGUUGCACCUUUGUCACUUGCAACGCAUCCACAACAAACAUCAUCGAUGACAAACUCAACAUCAUCUAUCUCUGAGUUACCUAUAUCGCCAGUACCUGCUGUUGCUAAACGUAAUAUUAUACCUACUCGUUCAAUAUAUAAUGUAUCUCAAUCUCCAAUAAUUUCGAAUCCUCGUUCAUCAACAAUUAAUAGUCAAACAACAACAUCAUCAAUGUCGACUGUUUCAUCGAUAACAGGAAACAAUGCCACACGUGGUGGUGGCGGUAUCCCACGUUUGACGAAAAAUCCACAUCAAAUUGUUAAGCCAACAACGACGACAACAACAACAACUGGUCCAGCGAAACGACCUGGUCAGACUAGCUUUUCAUCAGAACACAAAGUUGAUGAUCUGCGAACUUUGUUAGAAACCAUUCAUACAGUUGCUGAAAAUCGUUUAACAUCUUCAACCGAUAUUGCCGAUUCACCAUCAUGCACAGACAAAAACGAUUUAAAUUCUACAUCAUCAUCAUCAUCAUUGUCACCCUCACAUCCCGACAUAAUCAUUUUUAGAGCUGCUGAGAAUGGAGAUACAGGCAUGAAAUUGACUGUUUUUGUUUCAAAAUGA